CCUCACAACCCGCUUGCUCUCUCUCGUUGAGUGGAGCUUAGGGUUUGGAGUCUUUUUUUUUUUAAUCUCCCGACGGCCAGCUUAGAGUCCUUUUUCUUUUUAAAAAGCUCCCGGCGAGGGUUAAGGACGUAGAAAAUGGCCCAAGCCCCAGAAAGAAGAAGCGGGCCUGAAAUUUUCGAUGAGGAGUGCUCCUCCGCCGAGGAUUGCGCCGGCAGAAUGAUGCAGGAGGAAGACCAAUUGCGCUUCCUCACGAGGCUCAGAGAGCGCCUCGACAGUCUGAAUAUCGAUCUUCCCAAGAUUGAGAUACGAUUCGACAAGUUGAAUGUGGAAGCGAACGCUCGAAAGCAAAAGAGAGCACUCCCUACACUGUGGAAUGCUACCAUCAAUCUCAUGGAGGUAAUUAUGAGAAGCUAUGUGCGAGUCUUUCGCGACAAGCGGGUGGUGGUGAAGAUACUCGACGAUUUGUCUGGCCACAUCUACCCAUCUCGGAUGGUUCUAGUGCUGGGCCGCCCCGGAUCAGGGAAGUCAACGUUGCUGCGAGCACUGGCUGGAAAGCUGGAAUCGGGGCUCAGAGUGAGCGGGAGAGUGGAAUACAAUGGUUUGGAGUCGGUGCCGAAGCAGGCGACCGCCUUCGUGAGCCAGUAUGACCUUCACCAGGGCGAGCUGACGGUGCAGGAGACGCUCCACUUCUCUCACCAGCUCUUCGGUAGCAGCACCCUAUCAGAAAUUCUGUCGGAAAUUUCAAGAGCAGAAGAUGCCACGGGCGCCAAACACGACCCGGAGAUUGACGCACUUAUUAAGGCCUCCCAAAUGAAUGGAAGGAACUUGACGGUCGACUACAUCAUCGAGGUGCUUGGUCUCUCAAUCUGCGCACACACGGUGGUGGGUGACCAGAUGAGGAGAGGGAUAUCAGGAGGCCAAAAGAAGCGCGUUAGCAUUGGGGAGAUGUUGGUUGGUCCUGCAAGAGCCUUCUUCAUGGACGAGAUAUCAAACGGUUUAGACAGUUCCACGAUGUUCAAGAUCGUGAAAUUCCUCCAGCAUAUGGCUCAUGUUAUGGACACGGCGAUGGUCAUGACGCUGCUGCAGCCUUCUGCGGAGACAUUUGAGCUGUUUGACGAUGUCAUACUCUUAUGCCAGGGGAAGAUUUUAUACCAAGGCCCGCGCGAGAAGGCCCUCGAUUUCUUUGAGCUCAUGGGAUUCAAAUGCCCCGACAAAAUGAACGUCCCUGAUUUCCUCUUAGAGGUAACUUCCGGGAAGGAUCAAUCACGGUACUGGGCCAAGAGGAACGAGUGCUAUAGGUAUGUCUCCAACCAAGAGUUCGUGGAGUCAUUCAAAUCGUACCAGAUGGGCCAAAACCUGUAUGGGGACUUGAAGAAGAGUGAAGUCUCCACCGAGAGCCAGCCUGCGGUCCUGCCGUCCAAGUCCUUCAAAGUGAAGAAGUGGGACUUGUUCAAGGCAAGCCUGUCGAGGGAGCUGCUAUUUGUGAGGAGGAACAGCGUCGCCCACGCCUUCAAGGCAGUUCAGAUCGUGCUGCUAGCCAUCAUCGUGACGUCUACGUUCUCAAGGGGGAAGGACCCGCCGCCGAUCGACCAAGAGCUCAUCAGGCUACUAGGCGCCAUAUACGCGGGCGUGGUGGUGCUCAUGUUCAAUGGCAUGGUGGAGCUCACCAUGUUGCUUCUGAGGCUUCCGGUGUUCUACAAGCAGAGGGACCUGCAGUCUUACCCAGCAUGGACAUUCUUGGUGCCAGCAAUAUUGCUGCACGUCCCCAUCACGUUGUUUGAAUCAGCUUUGUGGCUCUUGGUGACCUACUUCCCCAUCGGUUUUGCUCGCUCUGCAAACAGGCUAUUUCGGCUGUUCCUGGCCUUCUGUUGCAUACAAGAAUCCUCAAUUGGCCUUAAUCGUUUGAUUGCUGCACUUGCGAGGACCCAAGUGGCCUCCAACGUCUUGGGGAUUACCAUCCUUGUGACGAUCUACGUUCUCGGUGGUUUUGUCCUCUCAAAAGACGACAUCCACCCUUGGUGGAUUUGGGGCUACUGGAUAUCUCCAGCGACGUAUGCUCAGAACGCGGUGGCUCUUAAUGAAUUCCUGGAUAAAAGGUGGAACACGCCAACUUGGGGUGGUGACACAAUCGGCACGACCUUCCUCAAAGCAAGAGGAAUGUUCUUUCAUCAAUAUUCUUUUUGGAUUUGCAUUGGAGCUCUCUGCGGUUUCGCCGUGCUGUUCAACACGCUCUGCGUAAUUGCUUUGAUGUAUCUCAGGGCCCCUCAAAAAGCUCAUGGGAAUGUUGCAAGUGCUCCGGCAGAUGACAGCAGGGUGCAUGCGCGGCGAGACAGCAGCCCCACCUUCGGCUUACCGAAUGGGACUCCUGAGAGGCGGAUGGUCUUGCCGCUCCAACCGCUGACUCUCACUUUCAAGCACAUAAACUACUUCGUGGACACGCCCCCGGAAAUGAAGAAAUAUGGGAUAAAGGAGAAGAGGAUUCAAUUACUGAAAGAUGUUAGUGGAGCCUUCAGGCCAGGUUCUCUUACAGCGCUGAUGGGGGUGACUGGUGCUGGUAAAACCACAUUGAUGGAUGUUUUGGCUGGAAGAAAGACAGGAGGUUAUAUAGAAGGAUGCAUCAAGGUCUCUGGAUAUCCAAAGAAGCAGGAAACCUUUGCAAGGGUCUUUGGCUAUUGUGAACAGAAUGAUAUACAUUCUCCUUACAUUACCAUUCAUGAAUCCCUUCUUUUCUCUGCAUGGCUCCGACUCCCUCCCGAGAUAUCUUCGGAGACCAGAAUUAGAUUUGUGGAUGAGGUUAUGGAAUUGGUGGAGUUGAAGGGAAUGAAGGGCUCAUUGGUUGGCGUCCCUGACUUGUUCGGCCUUACUACUGAUCAGCGCAAGCGCCUCACUAUUGCAGUGGAGCUGGUCUCUAAUCCAUCUGUCAUUUUCAUGGAUGAACCCACGACCGGGCUCGAUACUCCAGCUGCAACCAUAGUCAUGAGAGCAAUGAGGAACACGGUUGAUACUGGACGCACGGUCGUUUGUACAAUACAUCAGCCCAACACAGAGAUCUUUGAAUCAUUUGAUGAGCUGUUACUUAUGAAAAGAGGAGGACAACUUAUCUAUAGUGGACCACUAGGAAAUUCUGCGCAGAACAUGGUCAAAUAUCUUGAGGCAAUUCCUGGGGUACCCAAGAUGAGAAGUGGUUCUAACCCUUCAGCGUGGAUGUUGGAUGUGACAUCUACGGAUAUGGAGUUUGAUCUCGGAAUAGACUUUGCAGAAUAUUAUCAGCGCUCUCCUUUAUACAAGGAAAACAUGCAACUGGUUGAAGAGUUGAGUAAGCCGUUGCCAGGUUCACAGGAACUCGUCUUCACAUCAAGAUAUGCUCAAAGCUUCAAAACUCAGUGCGUUGCUUGCUAUUUGAAGCAACAUUGGUCAUAUUGGAGGAACCCUGAGCAAAACCUUAUUCGGUUCGUUGUUACACUUAUAGUUGCCGUUCUCUUUGGCACCAUAUUUUGGAACAUCGGUUAUAAGCCAAAGAGAGAGCAAGAUUUGUUUAAUACUCUUGGAGCCCUCUACGUGUCGGCUUUGUUCUUGGGGUUUGUCAACUGUUCAUCAAUUCAACCUAUUGUGUGGCUUGAAAGGACCGUCUUCUAUCGAGAAAAGUCAGCAGGAAUGUACUCGGCCUUGCCUUACGCCAUUUCUCAGGUGGCUGUGGAGAUUCCUUAUAUCAUACUCCAAGUGAUACUGUUCACGUUCAUUGUGUAUUCGAUGAUUGGAUUCCAGUGGACGCUUAUAAAGUUUGUGUGGUUCAUAUCUUUUGUCUUCCUGGGCUUCAUGUACUUCACUCUCCUUGGGAUGAUGCUGGUGUCGUUUUUGCCUAGCCUCGAGAUGGCAGCAGCUUUGUCCUUCUUCUUCUUCGUCUUAUGGAAUCUUUUCUCGGGCUUCUUCCUCCCAAGGCCGUUGAUGCGUGUGUGGACUAGAUGGUACUAUUGGAUGGACCCGGCGGCGUGGACAAUAUACGGCAUGAUGGUGACCCAGUUGAAUGAUCGGCCGGAAGCCGUCAGCAUUUUCGGACAUCAACCAGAGACUGCCAAAGAAUUCAUGGAGACCUAUCUAGGCCUGCGUUCGGACUUCCUGUUCCCGAUUCUUGGACUCCAUGUGGGCAUCAUCUUCCUCUUCCUCUUCAUUUUCGCCUUCAACAUCAAGCAUCUCAAUUUCCAAAGGAGAUGAGAUCGAGCCACGGUGCAUAUUGGUUCCAUAUAUAUAUUAUACAGGCUCUGUUUUCUGAUGGAAAAAUAAUAGGGCCCGGUACCAUGUUGUCAUAUGUAUCCAUUUCUUGUCAACUAGUCCUGUAAAUACGACAUACAAAGGGUGCUAUUUGUCCCCUUCCGCCACCUUACUUCUUUGGGCCAUGACCAAAAGAAGCGGAUUAAAUUACGCUUUUUUGGGAUUGUCUCCGUUUGAGGUUGGUGGGGAAAAUAAGUCAGGGGAAAAGUCUUUGCACAGCUCUCUGAAAAUUUUUCACAAAGAAUAUCAAAUUUGUACAAGACAGACCUCUCAACUUUAUAUUUUUUGUAUUUAAAGUCA